GUCACAGAGAGGAACAGUGUCUACUGCAACGUCAGCUGGAAGUAAACAGAGGGGCGGCCCUGGCAACUUGUUCCUGUUUCGUGCUUCCCUCCACACCUCUCGCUCACUUGGCCUCACACCUGCGUUGAUUAAAGGAGUGGAAGAUGUGAAGGUCGAGUGGAGCCGCGCCUCGCUGUCACCCGCCUCCACUAUUACGAGCAACAAAAUGGCCGAUGGAGGAUUUGAUCCGUGUGAGUGUGUGUGGAGCCACGAGAUGGCCAUGAGGCGACUCCUAUCUCUGCUGCGGCAAUCCCAGAGUUACUGCACAGAUAAUGAGUGCUUCUCAGAGUUGCCAGGGCCAAGUUCUUCCAUCACAACAGGUGGUAUGGAGAACACCACACUGCUGGCUGUUAUGUGGACCUUCUUGGCUUUUGUUCUGUUCCUCAUGAGACCCAGCUCCCUGCGCUCUGACCCCAAUGCCAAGCCUGCAAACAGUAACCAGGACGAUGGUGCUCCCCCCUCCCCUCCGACAGCCAACUAACACCUGCGCUCACUUGGCUCCGGAUUCACCCUCAACCCUAAGUGACCUUCGUUCCACAUGUGUCUCUUACACUUUCCAGAUACAUUGACACCUGACUAUCACAAGAAUACAACACAUUUUUGUUACUCCUAAAUUACCAUACUUCUGUCUCUCCCAAGGUUCCCUAAGUAUAUGGAACACAAAACAACUAAGAAAAAACUAUUCCUGCAAUGUCAUGUCAUGUGACUCAGGAUCCACUGUGACCGUGGCAAUUUCUAACACUGGCAAGGUUGUGAUGUUGCAGGUUCUCUCAUCCACACGUGUACAAUGUUAAGAAUGCUUCAAAUGCCCUUAAUUCCAAAGCUUUACUAAGAUUUCAGAAAGAUUCAACAGAUUUGGUGACAGAUCAAAAGAACUGUCCCAAGUACUUAUGUCUUUCCGGUGAAUAAUUACAGUGGCAUUAAGCACUGGGCCUGCCAAGCAGCCUUCCCAAGGUGCCACACUGCCAUUCGGUGUUUAGUCACCACAUAACUUUUAAAAUAUUAACUAUGUAUUUAUUACAGCAUUGUUACAAUCUCAAUACUUUAUAUAUUUUCAUUAUACUGAUAGUUUAUCUACUUGGUAAUAUUAAUCAGAAAAAUUACUUUGUAAUAUUGAUCAGCAAGAUCUAAUCUAUAUUUAUAUGCAUAGCAGAAUAUGCAAAUGCAUACCUCUAGUCUACCUACCCUAGAGAUAACUUGACUGGUUACCAGAGUGUUGGUAAAAAAUAUCAAAAUUUGAACAGCCCCUGUUUUAAAAGAAUAAGAUGAUUUAUACUAUCCAUUAGAGAGAGAACAGUCCAUAAUCAACAGCCAAGCAGAAGACACAAGACCUCCACUUUGACCUCUCAUCUUCAUCAUUUACUGAAAUGGCAACACUGCUGUAGACCUUACAAAGGCUUGAAUCCUCCUGACACAUUAUCUUUUCUUCCUCCCUCACAUUAAAGUAAAUUUAUUUGUGUGUGUGAUGGGAAUCUGUCUUAAAGCAAUGGGAGCAUCACAACGUUGAUAUGUUAAAGGUUGAUAUGUUAUUAUAAGUUUGAUAUUGUUUGGGUUGUUAGGAAUUCCUUGGAGUAUAAUGUGAGGUGUUUCCAAAGUAUAGGUUUUGCAUUUGAGGUCUGAUAACAAUGAUAUUUUCUGGUGUCUUUGCAAUGGUUCACUAGACUAGAAUGGAUCUGCUGAUUCCAGGGCAUGCUGUGAGAAUGAGACAAACUUAACUUUUGCAGUGCUGUUCUGAGUUGCUGAUUGUUAUCUGAUGCAGGUGAGCAGUGACUCCAAAGUAUAAGCUGAUUCAGCAUAUAUGAGAGGAGCUGCUGUGCUGCCUGAGUGACACUCAAUGGCUGUCCAGUGUUUCAUGUUGCAAAGUUUUUUUUUUUUUUUUUUUUUUAAGUUAACUUUUGGGGACUGUGCAUUAUAAUAAUGAAUGAUAUAAAUUAGAAAAAAAAAAUAUAUGUAUUCUUAGCACCAUGAAAUAUUUAAUAUCGGGGUAAAAUGUAACAACAGAAACAAACAUUAAAAAUAGUUCAACCCCAUUUGAAAAAAAUAUACAUAAAAAAUAUCAGUAAUUGUUUACUGUGUUCAUGUCAAUACUCUUCUGUCAUAAAGUAAAUUUUAGUUUUGCAUUAAUGUUUAAACAUUUCUAGAGGACACUUUGUGCACAUUAGUUACAGAUUCAUUUUUUUUUUUACCUACUUCCUACACCACUCCCAAUUGUGUGUUAUCUAGGGAAGGUUUGUUAUUGUAUGGAACUUUCACUUUGCACAAAUAAACAUGAAUAACA